AUAAAAGGAGAAGUGGCCUCUGUGCCUGAAGCAGACUUGUGCUUUCAGAGGGGACCAACGCAAGUCGAGACAAACUCAAGCAAGAGAGCCACUUGGAGGCAAGAUUCAUCCGAUUUCCACGUUUCUGGGAGGUGAAGGCAGGAGAGCAACCUGGACCAGAGCCAUGGACAGAUCAGACGACACGGUUGAAAUACCAGCCCUGGGCCGCCCAUUCCAGCUGGGGAUGCUGUACGACUGUCGUAAAGAUGCCCUCAUCCCAGGAAUCACCCUUUGGGACCAGGACUCACUUCAGAAGGACUUGUGUAUCAAACCGCAACCCAAGGCUGAAUAUGAAAUCAUUGCAUCUGACUCCAUCGAUGAUAAGGCCUCUGCCCUCAAUGUCUCAGCAUCACUCAAGGCCAGUUUUGGGGGAUUGGUUGAAGUGGGUGGAUCAGGCAAAUUCCUUCAAGACACCAAGAAGUCCACGAAACAGGCCAGAGUCACUCUGCAGUACAAAACUACCACCAAGUAUUCACAGCUGACCAUGAGCCAUUUGGGAAUCCAAAAUGUCACUUAUCCAGCUGUUUUUGAGCAUGGCACAGCCACCCAUGUUGUCACUGCCAUCUUGUAUGGAGCCCAGGCUUUCUUUGUGUUUGACCGAAAUGUCUCUUCUUCUGAGUCUGUGCAAGAUAUACAAGGAAGCCUCCACGCUGCGAUCAACUUGAUUGAAGUCUCUAUCAAAGGGGAAGCAUCUGUCCAGAUGGAGGAGAAGGAGAAAGCCCAAACGGAGAAUUUCAGCUGCAAGUUCUAUGGGGAUUUUUCUUUGGAAAGUAAUCCGGUGACUUUUCAAGAUGCCAUGAAAGUCUACAGCGAUCUGCCCCAAAAGCUCGGGGAGGAUGGAGAGAAGGCUGUGCCUGUCAGAGUUUGGCUGUACCCACUGACCAAGCUAGAUUCCAGAGCAGCUAAGAUGGUGCGUGAGAUCAGCUUAGCACUGAUCUUUGAUGCUCAAACUGUCUUAGAGAAACUGAAUGAAAUCAACAUGCGAUGCAAUGAUCUGGCUAUGAAUCCUGUUGCUGAAAACUUCCCAGAAUUAAAGAUGAAAAUCAAUAGAUUCAAGGAUCUGUGCAAGCAGCACAGGCAGACUUUCCAGAAACACCUGGCAGGAAUCCUGCCUUUGAUCCGGGGAGGGGGGAAAGAGGAAAGUGUUCUGGUGGACAUUUUAAUGUCCAUUAACCAGUCUCCCUUCAAUAGCCAAAGACUCAGUGAGUUUUUGGAUGCCAAGGAACGAGAGAUUAAUUUGGUGAAUUCUUACCUUAGAAUCCUAAGUGGAAUGGAAGUAAUCUCUUCCCAGAACAAACUGGAAGAAAUCGUGCUAAACACUGUGAAUGAGUUUGUUGUCUCAUUUACCUUCACUUCUUUACAUGAUGAGGAACCAUUUUUAGCCACCUUACAAGACUGGCUUCAGAAAGAUUUUUUUCAGGAAACAGCAAAUUCCACCAGUGGCCAUCCAGUGGCCACCAGUGGCCACCAGUGGACAUCCAAGAACAGUAAAGCCUGGUUUGAGCACAAAGAGAGAAAACAGAAUGCUCGUAAAGCUGCCAAAUCCAUUACAGAUUUUGCCCGGGUCAAUAAAUCAAAUGAGAAAACCCAGUUCCUUGUGGCUUCUGUCCCAGAUCAGGACAACCCAGGUGCUUCCAUUUACCUCUAUGAAGAUGGGGAGAUGUUCAGCAGCAACUUCAAGCUGCCCUCAAAACCUCUCCCUCCACUGAUUGGCCGAAUUGGACAUGAGAGUGUGCAACUGACAUUUCAACCAGCUGAGUAUGGGAGGGCUUCAAUCUCCAGCUAUCAAGUAGAGUACAAGAUUGCAGAAGAAGAAAAUUGGAAGAUUGUGAAUACUGAGGACAGUCAGGAGACAUUCCAAGUGAGAGGGUUGAGUGCAAACACAGAAUACCAGUUUCGAUACACCGCUAGGAGCAAACCAGGACUUAGUGAGACCAGCGACGUGAGUAAAUCUGUACAGACACUUCCUACCAGCCCUCCUGGGGAACUGAGAGAGAUAUUCGCACAGUCUUCCAAAAUCAGUAUAGCCUGGGAGAGCCCAAAGGUCAUUGGCCAGGGAGCUGUUAUAAAGGAAUACAAAGUGGACUACAGUGAAGAGGCUGGAGAGGCAAAAAGCAAGGACAAAGAUGAAUGGGCUGAAAAAAGAACAGGGAAGAAAACAGAGUUCUGUGAGAUUGAUGGUCUGAAGCCCCAGACACCCUACAGAUUCAGAGUCUCAGCCAUGUGUGCCGGUGGGGCUGAGAGUGGGCCCAGCAAAGAGAUUGAGGUUUCCACAUCAUUGGAAGGAGACGAGAAGAGAAUAGCUUGUAAAUACCUCCAAGACAGCACCCGCGUGGAGGACGGGCCACCAGCAGUGUAUGCUCUGCCACUAGAGUCCAUACAGGAUGUCUCUGGAUCCUGUCUAACAUACCAGCUAGGGAAAGAGAACAUUCAGGUCCCCAACAAAGUGAUUAUGGUGAUGGGAGCAACAGGGUCAGGGAAAACCACUCUCAUCAAUGGAAUGAUCAACUACAUCCUGGGGGUGCAAUGGGGAGAUAAAUUCCGAUUCAAACUUAUUCAUGAAAAUACCAACAGAAGCCAAGCUCAAAGCCAAACAUCAGAAGUGACUGCCUACGUUGUCCACCACUGCAAGGGUUUCCAAGUCCCCUAUUCCCUCACCAUUAUUGACACUCCAGGAUUUGGAGACACAAGAGGAAUAGAGCAUGACAAGUUGAUAACAAAGCAGAUCCGGGAGUUUUUCUCCUCCCCAGGGGGCACUGAUCAUAUAGACGCCAUCUGUAUUGUCGUCCAGGCUUCUUUUGCUCGUUUAACUCAUGCCCAGAAAUACGUCUUUGACUCUGUGCUCUCCAUCUUUGGCAAAGAUAUAAAGGACAACAUCCAAGUCCUGGUCACAUUUGCAGAUGGACAGACCCCUCCUGUUCUCGAGGCCAUUAAGGAAGCCAAUGUACCAUGCGCCAAGGAUGCCAAGGGCACCCCUGUGCACUUCAAAUUCAACAAUUCAGCACUGUUUGCCAACAAUCCAGUGGAGCCCGGAGGCAACUUCAAUUUUGAUGAAAUGUUUUGGAAAAUGGGCACCAUGAGCAUGAAGACCUUCUUUGAUUCAUCCCACACGCUAGAAACGAAGAGCUUAACAUUGACAAAGGAAGUGCUCAGGGAGCGAAAAGAGCUUGAAGCUGCUAUUGAAGGGUUGCAGCCCCAAAUCAAAGUUGGACUGGCCAAGCUGGAAGAACUGAGGAAGACGCAGGAAGCCCUGGACAAGCAUAAGGUUGACAUGGCGGCAAACAGAAACUUCACAUAUGAGGUAGAGGUAACUGUACCAGUGAAGACGGAUAUAUCUGGCACGGGAGAAUACAUAACUAAUUGCAUGAAUUGUCACUUCACCUGUCACUAUCCUUGUGGAAUUCCUAGAGAUGAAGAUAAGCGUGGUUGUGCAGCUAUCAAUAGCAGCACAGGAAGAUGCACAGUCUGUCCGGGCCAGUGUGUGUGGAAUGUGCACUACAAUCAGAAAUACAAAUUUGAAUAUAUAACAAGAAAAGAGAGCAGGACCUAUGAAGAACUGAAGCAAAAGUAUGAAUGUGCCUCUGGUGAGCUGAUGACCACAGAGAAAUUGCUUGAAAAUCUUAAUGAGGACUAUGAAGAAGUGAAACACAUCUUAGAAGAGCUCAUCAAGAAAUCAUCUCAAAGCCUCCAGCGCCUUCAGGCGAUUGCACUGAAGCCCAACCCACUCUCUACCCCAGAGUACAUUGAUCUGCUCAUCAUGUCCGAAGAACAGGAGCUGAAGCCUGGAUAUCAGGAGCGAAUCCGAUCCCUGAAGGAAGUGAGGAAAGUAGCUGAGUUAAUACAGAAAAUUGCCAACAAGGAGCCUCUGCUGCCUGGAGAGCAGAAGCUGUAUGUUCAAAUCGAAGAAAAAAAGUCCUCUCUAGGAGGCAAACUUAGGAAAUGGGGGGGAGUUGUUGUAAACUGGUUUAAAGGGGAUCAUAUAUAGCUUUUCAGGCACCCUUUGUUUGCUUUUGGCUAUCAGCAGAGAGCUCAGGUUCUGUGAGUGUAAUUCAGACCAGAGUCUCUUGCUCUCUGUGCAUACUUGGGUGAAGGUGGCUAUGGAAACAUUUGUACCUGUCGUGAGGUGAGCUUAUCCACUUCUUCAUUUGCCCGGCCAGUUUCGCUCGGGGAAACCUUUAGUGCUGAAUCAGAACUAACAGCAAUUGGGUUUUCCGUGGAAUGCCAUUUGUUCUGAUUUAGCGCUAAAGAGCAGGCUGGGGGUAAGCAGUGGGGCAAAGACAAAAUUGCUUGGAGCUGUGCCUGGAAAGUGUGAGACGAGAGGAAAACUGCUGGGAACCAUGCUUCCCAGGCACGGAACAGACAGAAGUGUGAACGAGCCCUUUGUUGCUGCAGACAAAAUGCUUCCCAGUCAUUGUUCCUACCACCUUAUUGUCUAACUGGUGCUGGGUGGAAUGCUGUUCUCUCCAGGGAUUUCUAUUAUCUCCAAUGACUGCCAAUAAUAAUAAUAAUAAUAAUAAUAAUAAUAAUAAUAAUAAUAGGGAAAGUGAAUGGGGCCUCAUAUGGAAGUGCUGCUUCUAACCACCCCAGAAUAAGAACGUGUCCAUGAAUGUGCCUGGAGCGUGAUUGGAAACUUGGGGUGUUGCAGGAAUGCUCUUGACAGGAGCUGCUUAUGGCCCCUUUGUCCUAGCAAGCUUUUGACCUGCCUGAUUGAUCUCUCUCCCAUUCUGAGGCAUUGCUUAUUCUGUAUUCUUCCUUGUCCAUAGAAUCUUAGAAUUGGAGAGUUGGAAGAGACCCUGAGGGUCAUCUAGUCCAACGCCUGCAAUGCAGGAACUCUCCUUC